AUGGCCAGUGUUUGUGAAAGUGACAACUUAUAUGACAGUGAUGACUUAUGUCAUGAAAUUGAAGAAAAUGAAGAGAUUCAAACACUUCUUUUAUGUGGGCUUGCUGUCAAAGUGUUACUAUUGACUCAGAAAUUGAAAUACGUGCGUAGACAUCGCCGUUCAUCUUCGCGCACAGGAAGCAUGCUUAUCAAUGAAAUAUUUAAUGAUCAUGAGAGCCAAUGUUAUGAAAUUUUUAGAUUAGAAGUCCCGGUUUUCAACAUGUUAUGUAGGGAUAUUGUUGCACAUUAUGGGUUAAAGAAAUCAUGUCGUGUAUCUAUUGAAGAGUCCCUUGGUAUUUUCUUGUUGUACUUAGCGCAUGGAUGUGGAAAUCGGUUACUUCAAGAGUUCUUUAAUCAUUCUGCGGAAAUAAUCCAUAGGCAUUUUCAUAAAUUCUUGGAUGUUGUGGUUAACCUAAGUAAGUACAACAUCAAACCAAAUGCUAACUACAACGAAACUAUACCAGAACAUAUUUUAAAUAACCCUCGGUAUUAUCCAUACUUCAAGGAUUGUAUUGGUGCCUUCGAUGGAACACACGUGAAGGCCUCUGUUCUGCAACAUGACCAAAUCAAAUUCAUUGGGCAAAAGAAUUGUGUAACUCAAAAUAUUAGGCCAACAUGUGAUUUCAACACGUGCUUUACCUUUACGUGGGUUGGAUGGGAAGGAACUACACAUGAUACGAGAAUUUUCAAUGAAGCGCGAAGGAGACGUGAAGUUAAGUUUCCACUUCCAGCCGAUGGUAUGUAUUACCAUGUAGACGCCAGAUAUCUUAAUACAAAAGGUUAUCUUGAUCCCUAUAAAUGUUCAAACAUCCGUUAUCAUAUUCCUGCUUUUCGACGUGGACAAACUUCUGCCUCGCGGAAACCAAAAGGCUUCAAAGAAAAAUUUAACUAUUAUCAUUCAUCACUUCGCAAUAUAAUUGAACGAACUUUUGGAGUCUGGAAGGCUCGAUGGGUGUUACUAAGAGAUAUGCAUGUAAAUUUCGACUUCGAGACCCAAGUUAAAAUUGUGCUAGCUUCAAUGGCGAUUCACAAUUACAUUAGAAUGAGCGGUAGUUGUGAUGCAACAUUUCAAAUAGCGCAAGAAGAAUCUUAUAUUCCGCGCAAUGAUGAAGGACCCAAUGAUGGUAUUGAGCCACAUGACAAAGUACCAAGUAGACAACGUAGAAAUGUGGAUAUGUAUAUGAGUGCAGUACGCGAUAUGAUUGCAGGACAUAUUUUCUCAAGGUCAAACACUUGUGCACGUAAUGACGUAUGA